AAUGGAGAUUUUGUAUUUUGGUUUCUCUCUCUUACUGUUUUUAGAGAGAGAAAGAGACGGAGGUAAUGACAGUCUGUCAGAGGAGCCUCUGGAUCCAUCUUCUAGAAUCGAAGACCCUUGAGAUUUCGCCACCAUGAGUCUCUUCGGUCUUGGAAGCAGAAACCAAAAAACAUUUCGUCCAAAAAAGAGUGCUCCCACUGGAAGUAAGGGUGCUCAACUUCAAAAACACAUUGAUGCUACAUUGGGUAGUGGGAACCUGAGGGAAGCUGUUAAACUCCCUCCUGGUGAAGAUAUCAAUGAGUGGCUAGCUGUAAACACUGUGGACUUCUUUAAUCAAGUGAAUAUCAUGUUUGGUACGUUGACUGAAUUCUGCACGCCGAGUAACUGUCCUACAAUGACUGCAGGGCCAAAGUACGAGUAUCGAUGGGCUGACGGCGUUACUAUCAAAAAACCAAUAGAGGUAUCUGCUCCAAAGUAUGUCGAGUAUUUGAUGGAUUGGAUUGAAUCUCAACUAGAUGAUGAAACAAUAUUCCCUCAAAGAUUAGGGGCUCCUUUUCCACCCAAUUUCAGAGAUGUUGUCAAGACAAUAUUUAAGCGAUUAUUCCGAGUAUAUGCUCAUAUUUAUCACUCACAUUUUCAGAAGAUUGUAAGUUUGAAGGAAGAAGCUCACUUGAAUACUUGCUUCAAGCAUUUUGUUUUAUUUACUUGGGAGUUCCGGUUGAUCGAAAAAGCGGAGCUAGCACCUCUUGAGGACCUUGUUGAUUCUAUUAUACAAUGAUAGUGUUUUUUAUUUGCCUUCUCUUUCCUUCAUUUUGGAGAGGUUAGACAAUGGAAGGUUGGGUAUAUUUUUCUUUUUGUGGGCUUAUUAUCAUGCCCUUGUAAUAUAACUUGCUAAAUGGAAAAUCUUUAGCCACUUUUUUUGUAUUUGUGUCUGCAUUGCUGUUAUGGUUGCUGAAUAUUCUUGUGCAUCAAGCUAAACCUACUUGUGCAGCGAGCCGAAUAGUCGAUGCAUUGACCAGUUGUAUUUUCUAUCAAUUAUUUUAAGGUGGCAUUAUAAAUUGUGAUUUUCUGGGAUAAACAAGCAAGCAAUUGUAGUUUUUAUUCAAAUUCAGUUUACUUUUUAGACAGUUAUUCAA